ACACGACUCACGCGUUGCGAAUGCGAUCUUCCUUCCCACUUCCAAUCUCAACAUCCUACUGUCUCUUUCGUUUUCUUGUUUCCAUCACAACAAGAGCUUGUGGAGAGUAGAUACAUACAAUAUGGGUUCUGUUAACGGACUAACUACUACGAAUGGGAAACAGCCUCUCUUUUCUUUUGGAUUGAUAUCUGAUGUGCAGUAUGCUGACAUUCCUGAUGGUAGGUCAUUUCUUGGUGUUCCACGGUACUAUAGGCAUAGCAUUCUUGUGUUACAGAGAGCAGUAAAAGAAUGGAAUAAUAAUCAGAGGCACAAAUUUGUGAUAAAUUUCGGAGAUAUUGUAGAUGGCUAUUGUCCAAAAGAUCAAUCUCUUAACACUGUAAAGAAAGUUGUGGAUGAAUUUCAGAAGUUCAAAGGGCCAGUGUAUCAUUUGAUUGGCAAUCACUGCCUAUACAAUCUGCCUCGAAAUAAGUUACUUCCAUUACUAAAGAUCCAGAAUCCUGUAGGGCAUGCUUACUAUGAUUUUUCACCGGUGCCUGAAUAUAGAUUUGUAGUUCUUGAUGGCUAUGACAUAAGUGCAAUUGGCUGGCCUCAAGAUCAUCCAAAAACAUUGGAGGCCUUGAAAUUCCUCCGGGAGAAGAAUCCAAAUGAAGACAAGAACAGUCCAACAGGGUUGGUGGGCCUUGAAAGAAGGUUCCUUAUGUUCAAUGGAGCUGUUGGAAAGGAACAAAUGGAAUGGUUGAAUGGUGUUCUUCAGGAAGCAACAAAAAUGAAACAGAAGGUGGUAAUCUGUUGCCAUCUGCCUCUAGAUCUUGGGGCCUCAUCUAAGGAGGCACUGUUAUGGAAUUAUGACGAAGUAAUGAAUUUGUUACACAGAUACACUUGUGUGAAGCUCUGUCUAUCUGGACAUGAUCACAAAGGUGGAUACUCAAUUGAUUCCCAUGGAGUUCACCACAGAGUUCUUGAAGCUGCCCUGGAGUGUCCUUUUGGCACGGAUGCAUUUGGAUAUGUUGAUGUUUAUGAUGAUAGAAUAUCACUUUAUGGUACGGACAGAAUGCAGAGUACAGACAUGUAUUUUCAUCCUAAAGCAGAUUUAUGAUGACGAGAUGUGUUGGUGUUUCUAAGACACCUAUUCUUUUAUUGAUACUAGAGAAUACGGUGGCCUUGGCGCAGGUCCAAGACACGUGAAACUUUCUAACUUACAAGUAAUCGAAGUUGGAAUCACUUAGUUGAGUUAGCUAACUUGCAAGUUCAUGAAUCAACCACUUUCUACUUGGCUUUUUCCCUUGCUUCCGGAAGAGACAUAGAUGCAGCAAGCAUCAACAUCGCUGGAGGUUUCCUCAGAAAUGAUUUGCCAGUGAAGAUUUUUAUUUUUUAUUUUUUAUUUUUUUGUAAAACUAUUAGGAAACUUUUCUGGAGAUAUAUAUACAUUCAAUGAAAGACUUUGCUGUGGUCAAACGAA